AUGGCUCGUUCUAUCUUGGCCGCGGCCACCGUCGUUUUCCUCGUCUUUGGAGCUAACGCCACUCCUUGCCGACCUGCGAGUGCUGCGACUUCAUCUACCACUCUAGUGGAGAGUUCUUCGACCGUGAUUGCGGAAACAUCUUCAUCGACCACCAUCGCAGAAACCUCCUCAUCGGUGACGGCGUCGUCCUCGACCCUGGCAGAAACCUCAUCAUCGACUACCCUGGCUGAGACUCCAACAACUACACUUGCGGAAACGUCGACGACUUCUCAAGCUCCGGUCUGCACCGCAACCCAAGCGCUCGGUGACCCGAGCUUCGAGGACGAAGUAUCCCCGUGGACUGGUGUCUUUGCCUCUAGGUCUGAGGAAGACCCUCAUACGGGUCGCUAUAAUCUGCGAUACUCGUUCGAUCCCUGGAGUAACCCUUCUACUAUCUCUCAGACCUUGACUAACCUCGAGGGUAACUACGAAAUCGAAUUUUACUACCGUGCUGUCAGCUGGGUUCCAUGGACUGGAAGUGCUUUUACCGACUUCUAUUGCGUUAUCACGCCCAAGGUUGGAGACACUGAGCUUCAGGAAACAUCGUUUACGGACUCAGGCCCUUACACUUGGACCGCGGGUAGUGCACUUUGGACGAAUCCGAGCGAGACUGGGACUGUAGCUGAGGUUGAGGUAUCGCUCGAGAUCAUUUGCACGGGAGAAUUCGAUUCGAAUAUUAUCGCUCUUGAUGAUGUUACCUUCACUCGAGUUUGCGACACGCCCCCAGCUUAG